AUGACGGGGCCUUACCAUCGUUUCGAUGAUGCGGAUUUAUUGACACCUCGUAGCCUCGUUUUACCAUAUCCUGAAAGUCGUCCUGCCCCUGCGGUUGUGGUCGAUGAAAUAGCCUUUCAGCCUGUGCUGACAGUGAAUAAGGAUUUGGUUCCUGCGCUUCGGAUUUAUUAUCAGAACGUUCGUGGCCUGAGGACAAAAAUUGACCUGGUGUUCCUCGCUACUGCUGAACUGGACUAUGAUAUAUAUGUCUUCACCGAAACUUGGCUCGACGAUUGUAUCCAAUCUGCACAGCUGUUCAGCAGUAAUUACAGAGUGUUUCGAGUAGAUCGCUGUGACACUAACAGCAUCCGUCGACGUGGUGGAGGGGUGUUAAUCGCAGUGAAGCAGGUGUAUGGCUCUGCAGCUGUCCGUUCUAGUAAUGUCAUAACUAUCGAGCAGUUAUGGGUAAAAGUAUCGGUAGUAGGAGGUGAUAUUUUGAUUGGUGCAUUAUACAUACCCCCAGAUAGAAGUCAAGAUAGCUCUUUUGUGCAACUUCAUUUUGAUGCAGUAUCUGAGGUAUUUAGAACCCAGACGGGUGUAAUCACUGUGGUUCUGCUUGGCGAUUUCAAUCAACCACGCUUGGUUUGGUUAGAAACGAACAACGGAGAAUAUGCUUCUGUGGAUCCGUCGCAGUCAUGUAUCAAUAUGGCCAGCCAAGUUCUCCUCGACAAUAUAUCAUUUCAUGCACUGCGACAACGCAACUUGAUUCGCAAUUGCUCGAAUCGUAUACUUGAUCUCAUCUUCUCGAAUGGCACGCUUGUGAGCAACGGUUCCGUAUCCGUUACCCGGGAACCGAUAGUUCCGAUUGAUCGCUAUCAUCCUGCCUUAAUUUAUUCUGUGGAAUGCAAACCGCCUGUCCAGUAUGAAGAAGCUUAUGACUUCGAAAGACUCGACUUCCGCCGAGCUGAUUACGACGCUCUGAACCAAUUACUAUCACAAGUAGAUUGGUCGGAAGUUUUCCAAUCCCUUGAUGUCGAUAGUGCCACCAACAGCUUCAACCAUAUUCUUAUGAGUUGCAUAACACAGACUGUGCCACGUAGCAGACCACCAAGAAAUCCCGCAUGGUCUAAUGAUCGUCUUCGAACACUACGCAAAAGGCGCGUCAAAUUUUGGAAUCUCUUCUGCCGCCAAAGAUGUCCCAUCCUUAAACGCCAAUUCAAUGAGACCAGUCGAAUAUAUCGUGGAUACAAUCGCUUUCUAUACAAACGUUACGUUAAGAGAAGACAGGACGAUCUUCGCCGAAAUCCAAAACGGUUCUGGAGUUUUGUAAAUUCUAAACGCAAAAAGUUCGGGCUGCCAACCGUUAUGCAUCUUGGAGAUUCGUCGGUCAAAACUCCACAAGCGAAGUGCGACCUAUUCGCGCGCCAUUUUAAAAGUGUUUUCGUGGAUAAUUCACUCUCGCGCAAAUUUGGCGCUACCAAAAACCUACACAUGCAAUUCCAUUCAACUCCAACGGUCCAACGGUGUGUGCCCCGUGAUUUGCCACCCUCUCCGAGCAUCAUCACGGGACAGCGGGCGCCUACCGACGAUUCCGGGAUUCAACAGACUCAGUCUCUCUCGCUCGACCUCAAGUGUGGCGGGGGUUGUGCGCAUGCCCCGCCGCUGUUCGGUUGCAACCAUUGA